AUGAAAAUAAUAAAUAAUAUUUUUUUUAUUAUUGUAGUAUUAUUUAUAAAUAUUUCAAUUUCCUAUCAAACCGAAUCAAAUACACCAUCAUUAUAUAGGGAGGAUGAAACAUGUACAAUUAUAAUAAAUCCAAAACAAUUACAAAAACCAACCAUGGAUUGUGGUUACAGUAACUAUGGUGGUUGCACUAGCAUCAAACAUGCUCUUUAUAGUUUAAACAUGCUUUUAAAGACCAAAGACUGUUCAACAGCAAAAAUCAUAAUCGAAAAUGGGGUUUAUUAUUCAUUUUUAUUAAACUCUGUAGAUAGUAUCGAACUAUCAAAUUUAAACAAUAUCAAGUUAUUACAAAUUGUUGGUAAAGAAAAAAAGACAUUUAUCAAUGGCAAAAAUUUUGAAGGAAGCUUUUUCACCUUUAAAGAACAACUAGCCUCCCCAAUAGAGUUUCAAUUUGUCAAUUUAAAUUUCAGAAAUUGGCAUGGUGAAGGUAAUUUAAUCGAUUUUUCACCAGGUGGUAAUAAAUUUGUACAAAUUAAAUUUUUUAAUUGUACUUUCAAAAAUAUUGAAACUCCAAGUAUUUUAACGGCAAAUUUCCCAUUCUCUGCAAUCAAUAAUAGGGUAUCAUUUUAUAAUAGUGAUUUUAGAAAUAUUUCAACAAUCAAUAAUCCAGUUGUGAUAAAUCAUUCCAACAUUAAAUUUACAGAUUCAAAUAUCAAUUACUCGAAAAUGGCAUUAACAUUUUUCAAUUUAGACAGUAGCUUUAUUAAAUUUUCAAAUAGUACAAUAUCUAAAGAAUUAAUUUAUCCAGUAUCUGGUAGAAAUAAUUAUGUAGAGGUUUAUAAAACUAAAGAUAUGACACUUGCAUAUUGUUACAAUUGUUUUAUUAGUAAAUCCGAUACUAAAGAUUAA